GGAGCCAAGCGGCGAAGGAGACUCGCUGGCUCCCAGUGGCGCCGUGAGGGGAUGGCGGAGAGCGCGGGCUUCCCGCCCUUCCAGCUGGGGAGGCCUCGCUUCGAGCAGACUUCGUUUUAUGGAAGGUUCCGACACUUCUUGGACAUCAUUGACCCCCGCACCCUCUUUGUCACCGAGAGUCGUCUUAAAGAAGCUGUGCAGUUGCUGGAGGAUUAUAAACAUGGGACUCUGCCCCCAGGAGUCACCAACAAAGAGCUUUGGAAAGCACAAAAAAUUAAACAGGCCAUCAUCCAUCCGGACACUAACGAGACGAUCUUCAUGCCUUUCAGAAUGUCAGGUUACAUUCCUUUUGGGACACCUAUUGUUGUCGGUCUCCUGCUGCCAAAUCAGACGCUGGCAUCCACCGUCUUCUGGCAGUGGUUGAAUCAGAGCCACAAUGCCUGUGUCAACUAUGCAAACCGAAAUGCGACAAAGCCUUCUCCAACGUCCAAGUUCAUCCAGGGCUACUUGGGAGCUGUCAUAAGUGCUGUCUCGAUCGCAGUGGGCCUUAACGUUCUGAUCCAGAAAGCUAAUCACUUUACUCCGGCCACCCGGCUCCUGAUCCAGAGAUUUGUGCCAUUCCCCGCUGUAGCCAGUGCCAAUAUCUGCAACGUGGUCCUGAUGAGACACAUGGAGCUGGAGGAGGGGAUCGACGUCCUGGACAGCGAUGGGAACACGGUCGGGUCUUCCAGAAUUGCUGCCAAACAUGCACUGCUAGAGACAGCCCUGACCAGAGUGGUCCUGCCAAUGCCUAUACUGGUUCUACCUCCCAUCAUCAUGUCUCUACUGGAAAAAACGGCUCUCCUGCGGUCGCGGCCCCGGAUGGCCCUCCCUGUGCAGAGCCUUGUGUGCCUUGCUGCCUUCGGCCUGGCGCUGCCCCUGGCCAUCAGCCUCUUCCCGCAGAUGUCUGAGAUUGAGACGUCGCGCCUGGAGCCCGAAAUCGCCCGGGCCACCACCAGCGAGACCCUUGUCUACAACAAAGGAUUGUAAGCAGAAGCGGAGACUGAGAGGCGUGGAAAGGAGAGCGAGGAAGAGGAGGAGGAAGGGAGGAUGACUUAAGACAGUAGAAGGAAAGAGCUGGAGAACCUCGUAGCAUCUUCCCACCGUCAAGAGCCAAGCGUAAAUUAACACUUUCAGAGACCCGGCAUCUCACGUCGGUUGAAAAGAUUAAUAUUUAAAGUUUUAAAUUAGCGACAGUAACAGCACAAAGGAAGGAGCGCCAGGGAGGGGAGGGAAGGAGCCGAGAGCCAACAUCCUGAAUCCGCAGCAGAGCCGUGCGGAGGGGAUUGUCGUGGCCCCUUUCCGUGGCUCCGCUCGGCCCUCGUGCCAACGUCGACCGCUCUUCUCCCCUCCCAGCCUGAGGAGCUCAGCCUCCUCCGCUCCGUUUGGUUCUGCACAGCAAUCAGCCCCCGGCGCAUGACUUAGAAGAAUUAGGUAGGUAGGGCGUCUUGAUAAUCGUAUUCUUUCGAUUCAGUGUCACUCUUGCACCAGUCGAUGUGCACAGAAUCAAUCUUAGAUCCGCAGCACUCGCUUUGAUUCUAAACAAAUAACGCGGCCAAGGUCGUAGCCGACAUGCAGCCCCCACGUCCCCCACCCACC